CUGUGCCAGGAAUAGUCCCGUUUACACAAGUCACAUUAACCGGGCUUACAGUGACCGACUCGUUCUUUAUCGGAUUUUCUGCUCAGAAUUUCCUUGAUGUUGUUGGCGAGGCAUGGCGCUGCUUUGUAGGAACAGAUAUACGUGAUGUCUUUUUUGGAGUAGACUUAUUUAGGGUUCACUUUUACGCGCUAAACUUCAGAUUGGGUUCCGUCAGAGAGCGAUAAGGGUUUAGUGUUUGGAUCUUUUCACUUCUCCCUUCAUUUUCCCUUUACGGUGAACGCCGCCGGUAUGUUUUCACUUUUGUGCGGAUUGUUGUUUUGUGCGCUGGGCUCCGGUCAACUAGCGAGCGGCCAGCCGGACGAUGGAAAGCGGUACAUCUGCCGGGCGAUACCCCUCAGCGGCGAUGCCAGUUGCCCUGUGACGUUGUUACCCGAGCUUAACGCCGGGAGCCAAGAAGAGGAGCUCAGAAACACUGUCAUGCAGCUACGAGAAACAAUUUUACAGCAGAAAGAAACGAUCUCCAAACAGCUUGGCACCAUCAACGAGCUAACCACCAAGCUGUCCCUCUGCGCCUCAGCCACCGACGAUAGAAAGUACGAGAAGGGGGGUUCCUGGGGGAAAGAAAAGCAAAAUACAAUGGGGGAUGUUCCUAGAGAUCCUAAUGACACCAUUGACAGUCUUGGAAAAACCAUGCAAGGGCUCAAGGACCGGCUGGAAAACCUGGAGCAACAGCAGAUGAGGGCCAACGUAUCCGGCGCUUCGUUCCCCAGUGAGCUCCGCGACCUGCUGCAGCGACGGCUCGGGGAGCUGGAGAAACAGCUCCUGAAGAAAGUCAGCAACCUGGAGGAGGAGAAGAGCAUGCUGUCUAACGCCACAGCCGCGUACAGGCUGAAGACGGAGAGCACGCUGAACGCCCUGGUGGAGAGGAUCAGUGAGCUGGAGAAAGGGGGAGGAGACUUCAAGUCCCCAGAGCAGUUUAAGCUGUCUCUGCCCCAGCGGACCAACUACCUGUACGGCCGCAUCACAAAGAGCCUGCCGGAGAUGUACGCCUUCACACUCUGCAUGUGGAUCAAGUCUAGUGCCACUCCUGGCAUAGGGACGCCCUUCUCGUACGGAGUGCCGGGCCAAGCGAAUGAAAUAGUGCUGAUCGAGUGGGGCAAUAACCCGAUAGAGCUUCUCAUCAAUGAUAAGGUUGCCCAGUUGCCUUUAGAGGUACGUGAUGGAAGGUGGCACCACAUCUGCAUCUCCUGGACCACACGGGACGGCCAAUGGGAGGCUUUCCAAAACGGAGAGAAGCUGGGAACUGGUGACAACCUGGCGGCCUGGCACCCUAUCAAACCUGGGGGAGUCAUCAUCCUGGGGCAGGAGCAGGACGUGGUGGGCGGGCGCUUUGAUGCCGGACAGGCCUUCGUGGGCGAGCUGAGUCAGGUGAACAUUUGGGACCGUGUUCUGAAGCCAGUCGAGAUCCAGUCGAUGGCCAACUGCAGUUCUUACAUCCCCGGGAAUGUGGUCUCCUGGCUGGCAAGCAAUGUUGAAGUUUUUGGGAGGGGGGCAUUCAAACGGCCUUUGGAGAUGUGUCAGGAGCGGCUGCCCAACGCUUAAAAACUGCCUGUCUGCUUCUCUCUUCGUUAGCUGGUGUUUCCAUCCAUUCAGCAUUUUGUUUGCUCUUACUGUAAAGCAGUUUAUGGACUGUAUGUUACACCUGCUGUCUGCUUCGCACAGAGAUAUGAGAUAGGGUCUCUCAAAAUCAAACGCUCGCCUACACACGACAGUUGUGGACAAUCGGAUCCUGCAGCGUUGAAUGUGGUAACACACCAAAGUGCAAAUUUUUCAUGUGGAGGCUGAACAGAGACAAUCAGAUAAUCAGAAUCAGCCAUGAUUAAGGUACUUUAAAACUUUCACUACACCCACCAUAGCAAGAAAGGUCCCCUCAGGUAUUACUGCUAACACCAACCCCUCCCCCCUCCCUCCACACUCAGAAGCUCUGAAGUAAUGAAAAUCCACCUUAGUCCGGCGCAGACACACGCAUGUACUGCUACUACUACAAAUGCAUUGAACUCCAGACUAGCUGACUGUUUGGCUUUGGCAUGUGAGCUGGUGUUGCGUGCUGUGUGGGAGGAAAGAUUAAAGGUCUGGCUAAUGUUAUGUCUCUUCCUUAACUAGGGAAUGGGCUUAGAGCCAACAUCAAUCACACCUCUGAUCCUGACGUAUUCGGACAUUUUUAAUUGGAAAUGUAACUGGAAAAAUGCUAUUUGGCACUUUAUCUAUUGUGUGGUAAUGGAGCGUGUGUGCAAUAGACUUAGAAACACUACUGUUGAUUUAGUUUUCCAGCUUAUGUAGGAGUUAGGGAAAACCUUACCUUAUUGGGAAGCUUGAUUCUUCCUUUGCGUAACUGAUACCAGUGAUACUAGUGAGUCUAUCACAGUGCUUUUUCUCCUGCCUUUUCCAUUUGAACAAAACUUGUUUAAAAUGGUGAAUCAUGUUUAUAUAUAUUCUUAUAUAUAUAUAUAUAUAUAUAUUUAUAUAUAUAUUCAUUAGUGUUGUGAUAUAUUUUUAUCUGGGAUUUGUAAUGUUGUUGCAGUGGAUAUUGUAACCAAGCAUUCAACAAAAAGAUGAUAUAGACUAGAAUUAUCAAAACUCUCCCACAUGUAAUUUGAAUGUACAUGUCAUACAUGAAGCAUUUGUAUGUGUUGUGUAAUUUUCCAUCAUUUAGUGUCUCUGUCCAGGCAGAUUUUAGCUUUUUAUGUAAUCUCGGUUUUCAGUACAUGUGUAAGGUACUAUCCACAUUGUCUUGUGGCCUUGUAAUGGAGACUUAAGUGCCAAGUGUUGAAAAUUAUUUGCUUUGCCAAUGAAUGAAAAUGUGGAAAAUAAAGAAAAGUACUGCUGCAAAAUUAA